AUGGGAGUCUUCUAUUAAUGUACUAAUUUAACAACUGGAUUAAUGUAGUACAAUUAAAAUCUUAAAGAAAUAAAUUCUUAACUGCAAAGUGAAACUAAAGGAUUAUAAGAAAGUGUAGCAACACUUCACUAAGCAUUUGAGGAAACAGUUUUCAAAAUUAAUUAAAUAUAGAAUUAAGUAUUUGAAUUAGAGCAAUAACUAUUCUCAUCAAGAUCUAAAACAUUAAUUGAAUAAAAAAAAGGACAAGUAGCUACCUACGUAUCAGAAAGAGAGAAAACAUUAACUGAGCUUAGGAAUUCAUUAUAAUAGCUCAUUUGA